AUGGGAUAUAAGAUAUAUUCUAACUCUGACUUAGUUCAAACAGUAACAUGGGCAAACUAUGAAUGGUUCGCUUUGAGAAACUCAGUACAACCACAAGCUAGAGAACAAACAGACCAGUAUGCAAAUAUUGAGAAAAUAAGAAGACUUGACCCUAACGUUCCAGGAGUUUAUGUUAACCUUUCUGGUUCAGAUGGAACUGCUGCCACUAAAGUAAAACUGAAACUUAGAGUUCCUUUGUCAUCUUUCCUCAUCUUCAGGUUUUUAAGAUACUUGCCAAACUGGGCAGGAAAAAUUUCUAUCGAACUUACUCCAAGCAAAAAUAACUUAGUCAUUGCACCAACACAAGACCCAUUCAGCAUUACUGUAGCUGGAACUGGUGGAGCCAAGUUCUGUGACUUUUGCAAAGACAAAGUUGACUUAGACUUUGGUUUCUCAAACUUCAACAAUGAAGUAAACUAUUAUUUCAAUGCUGCUGGAACUGCUUGGGACCCAGUUAAGUUUACAUGCGAAAAAUUUGAAUGCAAGAGAAUAGAAAGCAGACUUGCAGUCUAUAUGUUGGACCCAGAUAUUUCAAAUGCUUUAGCUGCCAAAUAUAUUGCAGUUCCACUUAUGUUCCCUAUACACCAAAUAUCUGUCAAAGACUUUGCAGGUGAAGUUGGAAACCAAAGUGCUGACCCAGGUGCAAGAACAGAUAUUGCUUUAACAACUGCAAUGAAACAUGCAGAUACUAUGUUUGUACUGUUCAGACGAACUAUAAAUGACUAUUCUUGUUUCUACAACCCCGGUAUUAAAUAUCAUAUAAACAUAGAUGGCAAAUAUUAUCCAAGAGAAGAAUAUUCUACAGUUGAGGAUAUGAGGUCAUACAACUUGACAUUAGAUGCUAUGAACUUUAACAACAACUUCACAACAACCAUUAACCCUGAAAUGCAAA